CCAGGACCUUAGAAGUUGAAGAAAAAUGCACUUAAAGGAGCCACUAGCAUCACAUUUCGACUGAGGCUCAUUUUUAUUUCUUCAGUGUGUCUGGAAGAGGCUGUAGAGAGAAUGAAAGCAGCAGCAAUAGGAAGCUAACAAGCUAACAAUUGACUGGUUUUCCUGAUCCGAACAGUCGCCGGCUGGUUCUGGCCCCGGCUCUUCUGGCAAUCAUUUAUCAGACCCGGGGCGGGGCAGGGGCUCGGGCUCGGGGGCAUUUCGUCGCCCGUGUUCCCGGGGCCUCGCGCGAGGAAUGCAAGGUGGUGUCAAUGACCAGAGAUUAGGGCAGUGGAAUUUUGCAUUUGUCACAGCGGCAGCUGUAGCGAGUGGUUUCGACCUAAGGGCAGAGUCCCCGAGCAGGGCGCGGCCACCGCUCGGUGGCGAUCGCUGGGGCGGGCACCGGAGCUCGGCCCUCGGAGCUGGGGGCGGGAUUUUAGAAAGAAGUCCCGGACUUGGCGAGUGGAUGCCCGGGCUUUUCCUCGCAGCCUCUGCAGCCGCCCAUCUGCCUGCCCGGGCGCACUCGCACUCCUAGACUUCAUUCCUCUUUCCUUCAGUGCUGCUCGCCAGAGGACCCGGUUGCCAUGGUGAAGGAGAAAGUGGCACACCCUCAGGACCCUCACCACCCGGCCGAGAAGCCUGUCAUUCACUGCCACAAGUGCGGGGAACCGUGCAAGGGCGAAGUGCUGCGGGUCCAGACCAAACAUUUCCACAUCAAAUGUUUCACCUGCAAAGUGUGUGGCUGCGACCUGGCGCAAGGCGGCUUCUUCAUAAAGAACGGGGAGUACCUGUGCACGCUGGACUACCAGAGGAUGUACGGGACACGCUGCCACGGCUGCGGGGAGUUCGUGGAAGGAGAGGUGGUGACCGCCCUGGGCAAGACCUACCAUCCCAACUGCUUUGCUUGUACCAUCUGCAAGCGCCCCUUUCCUCCCGGAGACCGCGUCACGUUCAAUGGGAGAGACUGCCUUUGUCAACUCUGUGCCCAGCCGAUGUCGUCCAGCCCUAAGGAAGCCUCCUGCUCCAGCAACUGUGCUGGCUGCGGAAGAGACAUCAAAAACGGGCAGGCGCUGCUGGCACUGGAGAAGCAGUGGCACCUGGGGUGCUUUAAAUGCAAAGCCUGCGGGAAGGUGCUCACCGGGGAGUAUAUCAGCAAGGAUGGCGCUCCGUACUGCGAAAAGGACUACCAGGGGCUCUUCGGGGUGAAAUGUGAAGCCUGCCACCAGUUCAUCACAGGCAAAGUCUUGGAGGCAGGUGACAAGCACUACCACCCCAGCUGUGCACGAUGCAGCAGAUGCAACCAGAUGUUCACAGAAGGAGAGGAAAUGUAUCUUCAAGGUUCCACCGUUUGGCAUCCAGACUGUAAGCAAUCCACCAAGACGGAGGAAAAGCUGCGGCCACCAAACAUUCAGCAUUCUUCCUCCGAUUUCUUUUAUCCCAAAAGUCUGAUCCGACGCACAGGACGGUCUCCGUCACUGCAGCCCACCAGGACUUCCUCGGAAAGCAUUUACUCCAGACCAGGCUCCAGUAUCCCCGGGUCCCCGGGGCACACUAUCUAUGCAAAAGUGGACAACGAAAUCCUGGAUUACAAGGAUUUAGCGGCCAUUCCCAAGGUCAAGGCAAUUUAUGACAUUGAACGCCCAGACCUUAUUACCUACGAGCCUUUCUACACUUCGGGCUAUGACGACAAACAGGAGAGACAGAGCCUGGGAGAGUCUCCAAGGACUUUGUCUCCUACCCCAUCAGCAGAAGGGUACCAGGACGUGCGGGACCGGGUGAUCCACCGGUCCACCAGCCAGGGCUCCAUCAGCUCCCCCGUGUACAGCCGCCACAGCUACACUCCAACCACAUCCCGCUCUCCGCAGCACUUCCACAGACCUGGCAACGAGCCGUCCAGCGGCCGGAACUCCCCUCUCCCCCACCGGCCAGACAGCCGCCCUCUAACUCCAACUUACGUUCAGGCCCCUAAACAUUUCCAUGUUCCAGAUCAAGGGAUCAACAUUUACCGAAAACCACCCAUCUACAAACAGCAUGAUGCAGCUGCCUUGGCAGCCCAGAGCAAGUCUUCAGAAGACAUCAUCAAGUUUUCCAAGUUCCCAGCAGCCCAGGCUCCAGACCCCAGCGAGAUCCCAAAGAUUGAGACGGACCACUGGCCCGGUCCCCCCUCACUUGCCGCCGUAGGAGCUGACACGAGACGCCGAUCUAGCGGCAGAGAGGAAGACGACGAGGAACUCCUGAGACGCCGGCAGCUGCAAGAAGAGCAACUGAUGAAGCUCAACUCGGGCCUGGGGCAGCUGAUUCUGAAAGAAGAGAUGGAGAGGGAGAAGGAGAGAGAGAGCCGGGAGCGGUCGUCUCUGUCCACCAGUCGCUAUGAUUCUCCCAUCAACUCAGCGUCCCAUGUACUGUCAUCUAAAACCUCAUCUCUCCCGGGCUAUGGAAGAAACGGGCUUCACCGGCCCGUUUCUACAGACUUCGCUCAGUACAACAGCUACGGGGACGUCAGCGGAGGCAUGCGAGACUACCAGGUAUGGGACCCUGUCUUCCUGGAGUCGGCCACACCAGCAGGACAGGCGUUUUCCAGCCCAGAUACCCUCCCGGAUGGCCACAUGCCCGGCAUGAGAAUGGACCGAGGAGUGUCUAUGCCCAACAUGUUGGAACCAAAGAUAUUCCCAUAUGAGAUGCUCAAGGUGACCAACAGAGGGCGCAACAAAAUCCUGAGAGACGUGGACAGAACGAGGCUGGAGCGCCACCUAGCGCCAGAAGUGUUCCGGGAGAUCUUUGGAAUGUCCAUCCAGGAGUUCGACAAGUUACCUCUUUGGAGACGCAAUGAAAUGAAGAAAAAAGCAAAACUCUUCUAAGUCCCACACGUAGACAGCAAUCAGAAAAAAGGACUAAAUGGCAGUGACACGUAGGAUGUUGUGUUAAGGCCCAAACCUGAUUGGAGAAUUUGCAAACUACUGUUCCCUCGGCAACAACAAAAAAGGGAGAAAUCCGAUUAAAACACCCACGAGCCCAACAUUGGGCCAACCAAUGGCGACAAGCUUGCCAAGGAGCAAGUAGAAAUGUCUGUGUCCCCACAUGCGACAGUAGUGUUCGCAGGUGACCCUUUCUCGUCACCUGAUGCACACAACAGGAGCUCCUCCUUUUGUUUCUUUUUAACUGUUGUCCGACGAUAGUGCCGACUGUAUGGACCAGAGCCAGCAAGUGCCCUUAGGAUGCCGCAUGGGAAAAACAGCCGUCGUAACUCCAAAGUAUGAGUAUAUUUAUUAUGUAGCAGACUGGCUAAGAAGGAAGAGCCCGAGGGACACGUGCAUGUGGUAGCAGCCUUUUGCACAGGCCUUUGCUCCUGGCCUCGCGUAGCUCUGUGCUCCCGUAGGGUGGGAAUCGCAGCCUGGGAACUCCGUGGCUCCGCAUGAGCGGGCUGAGUAGCAGCUGGAGUUAUUCUCAACAAUCUCCUUGUUCUCUGCUGUUAGCCAGGACCUGGUUCACAAGUCACUUAGCUAUUGGUUGGGUUUUUUUUUUUUUUUUUUUGUCAAAAGUUUUUUCGAGAGAAAAAAGAAGGAAAAGGAAUGAAAGGAAAAGCUGCCUUCAUUCCUUUUCUGCUUCAGAUAAUGCAAUUCCCUUCCCUCCCCACCAGGGGCCGGAGCGGCUUCUCAGCCCCCCCCUUUACACAGACAGGAAAGGGGAGCAAAGGUCUCCAGACUGGCACGGCAUGCUGUUAGGUGGUUUUCGCCCAGGGGCCAGGGCACUCUCGUCAAAAAGAAGCUCUGUGUCCCACCAGUGCAAGUCCUAUGCUCUGCUUUGCAUCUGGCAUCCCCUGCACUGAGUCAUGCCCAUGCUGGGUUCGGGUUCUUUUUUCCAGACAUUUUCAUCAGUGGGCUGAGGAAAGGCAUGGUUUUCUGUUUUAAAACUGCAACUCCAGGGUUGAUUGCCUGAAAGUGGUUUAAUUUGGCCUUUUCUGCUUCUCUUCUUGCCUAGCAUGGUUGGCUCCAUGGUGCGUGUGCGCAUGCCCAUGCAUCUGACCUACUAACUUAGUCUGCAAACGGCUCUGGGAGCCUGUGGAGCUGGGAGACCAGCUGUUCCUUGUCUGAAUGAAGCCAGACUAGAGUGCAGUUUUGCUCCUUUGUACCCAUCAGUUGCCUCUUGCUUCACUCAGUAUUUCUGCUGCCCCAUCUUCUCUCUGUCCUCACCCCAUUGGCAGCCUAUGUGUCCCAGUCCCUGCUUUGCUCUGGCAAAGUGUGAGGGGCGGUGACCACGGUGUGUUCCCCGAGUUUCCCUGCCACCAUCAGCAACGGGGGUCCCAGCGCUAGGCUGGUGGGGAGACUUUCUGCCAUUGUGGGGUCAAAAAAAGACCCUCAGUGUUUUCACUGGUUGAUGAUUAUACCCCAUGCACAUGCAGAUCGGAUGCCCAUGUCAGAAAAACUGCAGUGGUGGUUAAAACACUUAGCCCAAAACCUGUUCCCACUAACACAACAUUGCUCUCCUUGUAUCUUUUCAAUUUGUUUCUGCAGCCAUCUUAGAAGGGAGAAGAGCUUCUUGCCAUGUCAAGUGCAUUGGGAAAUGUAAACUAUGCCGUGCAAAUAUGCACUGCCUGAAAAUGCCAGUAGCCUCCUGUUUGCAGGCAGAGCAGUGCUAUGCUCUGCAGUGGGGGCAGUGAACCCCAAUAUAGAGUGGGCUCCCCAACCCAACUCCCCAGCAGAAGGCUCCGGCUGGAGGGAUGGCUGCAGAGGAGGCAACCUGCCUCUCCCAACUGCCAGGUCCAGUAGCUGGGCCACCACACACUCCCCGCUCUGUUCAAUGGGGCUCGGCAAGCUUGUUCUCAAAGCAUCCAGGCCGCUGUACCAGGGAUCCGUGUUUUCUGCUUGAACCCCACCCCAAACUGCACAUAAAAAUUCCAGGUGUGAACCCAGUCAAAUGGACAGGGAUUGUUCACUGUAGGGAUGGAAUUAUAUGCCUGGCAAACUUCCCUGGUGCAGACACAAGGGCUACAUGUGUAAGUGUUGGGCUUCCGUCCCAUCCUGCCAGCACGCUGCUCGUGUGGCGUAACAGAAGCCCGUACGGCACUGUGAAAGGCACUGCUUCCUUUCAGGCUUCUUCCAGAAGAGCCAGGGUACCGGCCUGUCUUCCCGCGUGAUUUGUGAUGGGACACAAAGGGCGUUUGGAAGCGUGUCCAGCUGGCCACGCGUCCACAGCGUGGUUUGGGUUCAGGAGGGAAUGUUCGUAAUGUGACUUCUUUGACAACGCGAAACAUACUGCCUGUUCUCUGCAACCUUGAACAGGGAAGCUGGAGUGAAUGGGUGAUAUGGUGCAAAAACAAAGUUGUUUUUAUCCGUCCUGUCCUCUAGCCUCCCCCACCCCCCUUCUCCCAGUGCCGUUGUUCCUGGGCCGAGUCUCCUCUUUGGAGCCAGGCCUGGGGCAGCCCACGCUCUCUCUCCAUCUGGUUAUGUCCGUCAGCUCCACUGGCGGGGCCUUUGCUGGGAAUGUUUAUAAAACUUUCACCUAAUUUCUUUACACUUGAAAGCGAACACCUUUUUCUAAAGAACUGCUUCUCAGAUGAUUACAUAAACUAUAUAUAUAUAUGCUUUUGCUAGUUUAAACAACUCAAACCAUUUUGACUAAAUAGGUUUUUCUAAAAACUCUUCUAAGCCAACUCGGUGGCCGAAACCCCCCUGCGUGUGCGUGUCGAAGGCACAGGGGGCCCCUCCAGGCCUCCGGCCCCCCGGGGGCUGUCGCCGUGCCUGUCCUGAGUGACGGCUGGAGGAAACUGGCCUCCGCGUCCCCAGCCCCUCCGUGUCCUCUGAGGCAGCCGCAGUUUUCACAAAUCACUCCUCUGCGUUUCCGGCCACUGUGUAACCAGUGCUUCCUAAGCUGGCCUUGAUUUUAUCUGAUUUUUAAAAAUGAUUUUUCUUUGACCCACCGAGUGUUUGUCCGUAUGCCCUAAAACUCACUCAUUAGUCCUCUGUGUUGAAGAACAUUCUAUUCAGGAGAAAAAAAAAAGGUUAUUUUGGACUGGAGGUUUGUGAUGACUCCACCUCACAGGGAUGAUGUACAUCAGGGGAAGCACCCACCUGUGUUACAAUGAAAAGAAUGAGAAACUUCUACUUUGGCAUUUAAAAAAGACAAAAAAAACAAAAACACUGUCUUUCCCGUGGCUGCCCGGGGAACUAGGGAGAUGGUGACUGAUACCCUUUGCAUAUGGAUUUCUGGGUUUUUGUCUGGGCAAGCUGUAUUCACGGCGAGCUCAAACAGAAAGGGGGAGGUGGACAGUUGAAGCUGAAAGAAACUUCCUGAACAAUUUUUUGUGUGCGCGGCAAAAUUAAAUGCAACAUGUGCUGACACUUCACGUAAUUGAGUGGCAAUUGUUAUCAUUAAAUAACAUUCUCCCCCAGUGUGUCUCUCCCGAGAGUGAAGACCCCAGGUUACUUUCUGAGCCCGUUCACCAAAGGUAGAAGGAGACCAUACUGUGUACACCAGCGUUCAAAACGGCGGUGAGCCGCUUAUCAUUGUGUAUGCAUCCGUCUCUUCACCCUGCAGGAGAGAGAACGGAUGUCCUCAAAAUCGGUGUUCCUGGGGGUUUUAUGUACAGACCCACCCGGUAACGAACACGUGCCGUUUCUGUGAGUUGCCGGCAACCCCGCGUCGAAGCUCUCCCAGUUCUUUCCAUCUCCGUUGGGUUUAUGGAAUUUCUUUUCAAGUGUUAGAAGGUCCACUGUUCUCCCUGCCCUCCCUCCCCUUUUCAGAACUAUGAAAGCAAAUAUGUGGAAGAACUGCUGUGUCAAAGAUGUGUCGUGUCCCCCGUGAAAGUGAGUGGGUGUCCGUCUGCACCCUGAGUACCGCGUGCCGGUCUGCAGAGGUGGCCAGUGGCCGCGUCGCUGUGCUUACGAUUCCAACCUCCUCCACGCUCCCGUUGCCACAGCACUCGCCCCUCUGCGCUGUACCCUGGGUCUCCGUUGUACUCACGACUCAGUGAAUAAAGUGCGUGCUUUAUUCGUA